AUGAAGCUUCUGGUAGUGUCUGGAGGACGUCAUCCGUAUGAGGAGUCGACGCCCAUUUUGGAGACCUUUCUCAAGGGCGCCGGUCACGACGUCACGGUUACCGAGGAUGCGUCGCCGCUCGCCGACCGGUCGGCAAUGAGCGGCUACGACGCCCUGGUGUUCAACACCCGCCGAGAGAACGUGCCGGACUUCGGCGACUGGACCCUUUCGGCGUCUGAAAUGGAGGGCCUGCGGGAAUACGUAGGCGGCGGCGGGGCGUUCGUCUGCAUACACAUCGCCACCUGUGUGGCGGCAGCAUGGCCCGAGUACCACGACAUCACCGGCGGGGGCUGGAUUUCCGGCACCAGCUACCAUCCGCCCUACGGGCAGUUCACGGUCAACGUCAGCGAUGCCGCUCACCCCGGGGCCUCCGGAAUCGCUGAUUUUUCAACCAACGACGAGCUCUACAUGAACUUGGCAAUCAAGGACGGUAGCGACGUCUUCCUCACCGGUAACGCCGGAGACGGAACGUAUCCGUGGGGGCCGGACCGCAGCCCCACGUUCAUGCCGGGAGGAACUUAUCCGCUGGGGUGGACGCGCAAGUACGGCGACGGCAACGUCUUUGUCCUGCUCCUGGGGCACGAUGGCCGGAGCUUCGAGACGCCGGAGUUCCAGCGGUUGGUGCUCAACGGUGUGGAGUGGGCUGCCACGAAAGUCGCGGCCUAGCAGUCGCGGCUUAGCAGUCGCGGCUUGACAGAGAAAGUCGCCCAUCCGUUCACCGCCCACGCGGCGCUGAA